AUGAAGACCUCCGCCGUUACCCUCGGCUUCUUUGCCGCCCUCACAACCGCCUACUCUCAUCCUCGCCAUAUGCACUACCGCCGCUUCAACACCACUCUUCCCGCCGUCAGUUCUGUCGAAGCCGUAGCUAGCUCCUCCGAGGCUGCUGCCGUUGCCUCUUCUUCGGCCGUCGAUCUUUCCACCGGGCUUGGUGCUAUCUCGACCGCUGUUCCUCUUUCAACCGGGGUCCCCCUUUCUACGGGAGUGUCUAGCUUCCUCGAUGCCGUCAAUGCUACGGCUACCGUCCCCGGAGCUCAGCCUCUCACCACCCUCACUGUCGUCGCCACUUCGAUCGAGACCAUCACUUCGUGUGCUGCCUCCAUCACCAACUGCCCUGCCAGGACUGAGGAACUUGCUGCCCUUCCCACCGAGGCUCUCGCCACUACGGUCGUCACCCGCACCGCUCAUCUCACCACCACCGUCUGCCCCGUUGCUGAUGCUUCGUCCAUCUCCUCCAGCGUUCUUGCCGGGGCUUCGAGCACUGGUAUCAAUGCCUCCCUCCUGUCCUCUGUUGCUCCCACAACCGCCUCUGCCGCGGUUACUUCCGCUCCCAUCUUCAGCAACUCUACCACUGUCCCGGCUGCUGCUGCGUCAUCCGGUCUCACCACUCUUACCGUGAUUGCU